CACCUCGUCGUGCUACGACUCCUGAAGGUACAGCACUUCCGCCACUUUCCCCUCCUCCCUCGCUACCACACGUCGCUUGGCUCGCUACAUGGGCGCAGAAGCGUUCUAGCCUCCCACUGAUAACUCACAGAGCAGCCUCCGCCGUCUGAGCAGGCUAGCUGCAGACGCCUCGCCUUCGAUUCCUACCUUGUCCAUCCUCCUACCUCGCCCCUCCUCUGACCUGUCUCAAGGAUGGCUGCGCCGGUUUCUCGUUACGGCUACGGUGAGGACGCAAUGUACUAUCAGCAGCAGCAGCAGCAGCAGCAGCAGCAGCAACAACAACAACAACAACAAUGGCAGCAACGGCAAGGGACACAGCACUCCUACCCCGGUGAAGCUUCGUAUCGCGGUGAAGCUUCACAUCAGACGCGGCCUGGCCCGUCUUCUGCGUCCUCGCCGCAACGUCAAGAGGACCAACAGAUGCUUCGCAGACCCCAAGGCUAUGGUAGUCCAGGCGAGCAUGCGAGGCAGGACCAGUAUAGCAGCAGCCAAGGCUACAGUGAUCCCAACCAACACAUUCCGACAUCCUACCCUCCUGCGCCGACCUCGGACAGCUAUACUCAAUCCUAUGCUACUCCUUCGUCCAGCUCACCUCCGCGGAUACAAAGAGGCUACACCCCGCGCCUCGAGAUGCCGCAUCAGCCCUUCAAAGGCCCUGAGUCGUAUGCUGCUCUGCACUCACCGGCCUCACAAUCCCACGUAGCAUUGACGCCUCCUUCGCCUACUCAAUCCGAAGGCAUAUAUCCUGAUCGUCCCCUCAAGUGGGACCGCUUGAACGCCGAACAGCGCAAAAUUGCUGAGACGUUCCCGAAAGAUCUCGAUGAGAAUGGCACAACGAUGCGAGACUCGUACAUGCGAAUGCUCAAAGACUGGCGCAGCUGGGUCAAGUGGGGCUAUUGGUACUACUAUGUACUAUUCGUCGCAGUCAUCGCUGUCGUCGUCGUAUUUGUCAUUCUACAUCGUAGGAUCAUCGAUUGGCUGACCCCAGUCUCCCUCAAGAUCAACUCCGUCGUGUGGGGCUGGAUCAUCCCGGUCGCCAUUCUGUUCAUCAUCUCCUUCCCGCCCCUCUUUGGACACGAGAUCAUUGGAGUCCUAUGCGGAAUCGUAUAUCCUUUCUGGAUUGGAUUCGGCAUUGUGGCGCUUGGAACUCUACUAGGAGAAUGGGGAAACUUCUGGGCUUUCGGUGCUUGCCUGCAGAAAACGGCGCAGAGGUACGAGAGAAAGAGCCUCAACUAUGCCUGCAUGGCUCACAUUGUCAGGGAGGGAGGUCUCUUUACAGUCUUGGUGGCCAGGCUAUCAGCCAUUCCUGGCCACUUCACUACAGCAGUCUUCUCAACCGUAGGGAUGUCCUUUUGGAUCUUCACCAUAGCCACUCUUUUAUCGAUGCCCAAGCAAAUGGCGGUAGUCUAUGUCGGCUACGCUAUCAGGUCCUCGGCAGAUGGAGAGGAGUCGACCGCAUCGAAGAUUGUCAAGUGGGUCAUCCUGGUCAUCACGGGCAUCAUCACAAUACUAGCCGCCUGGUACCUCUACAGGAAGAUGGAGGUUGCCAGGCCAGAGGUGCAGAGAAAGUUGCGGCUCAACAGGUACACGCUACUGACUCAAGCCAGUGGCAAGGGCGCGCCGAUGCCCGUACCUGGAAUCCUGCUGAACAAGGAAGCAGGUCGAGACAGCUUUGCAAUGAUGAGGAGGACGCAAACUGCACAGAGCGGGGAGAGAGUCCCAUCUGGACCAGUGAGACCACAGAAUGCAUCCGCAGCUGGCGACCUCGGCAUCAUCGUCGACCCAUACGGACACUAUGACGAGGAGCAGAGCUACAGUCCAGGGCCCGUUAAGGGGGCUCACGCCACGCAGUACUCCCCUUCCCAGUACGCAGAGCCGACUUUUGGGUACCAAAGCAACCAGGGUGCUAAUCUCGAUGGGAUUCAGAUGCGCCAACUCGCCCCGCCGAGAGGAGCUUCCCUGGGCCGCGGCGUCACCUCGAUGGCCGACGCAGGAGCGAGCACAGAACAUCUGUUACCCGCACGACAGGCUGGAGAGGGUCCUUCUCCGGCAAGUGACAGCCCUCCUCGUACGCAUCUCCAGCUUCAUCGUGGAAGCUUUAUCCCCCACAAUCAACAUCAGCCACGCGAGCAGCACCGUGCUGCUGAGCAACACACCUCGCCGUCUCGAGUGGAGCCACUUGACGUGGAUGUGCUGCUCGCCGCGACGACCAGGAGCACACCGCCUCGGCCUGCCGUCUCUUCAGAGCCUGAAGGAAGCACUCCCGCUCGACCUUCCCCGCCGCGGUACGAGACACUCGACUGGGCCGAUAUACGAAACGGGCACCAGGACGGCUCGCCGCGUAGGCGGUGAAGGUCAUUCCUCGUUCAAAGAGCGACUGGAGCGCUCGCAGAAUCUUCGGAUAGCGACCGGAUCGCUCGUAAAUGGACACUCACUCUUGCCUUUGUAGUCAAGUAGAUUCGUCUCACCUUUCUUUCCCUGGGCCCUGUUUCACCUUUGUCACCUUCGCAUUCCCGUCUGAGCAUCCAUUGCCAAUAUGCGCCACUCUCUUUACGACUCCUACCAGUGCUGCAAUUCUUGGCGCUGCCACUGCCGCUUCCCUUGCCUCUCUUUGUAUAUGCUCCUCCCUCUACUUGAACAUAAUCCAUUCCCUUGAGUCUUGGUU